CAGGUGAACUUGGUUGCUAGGCAACAGCGUUGCGUUCUGAAAACAAGAUGGCGGACAGCUCUAGACCCGCGUCUCAGGGGGCCAAAAAACCUCUGAGCUCCGGUUCUCAAAGGCCUCCAUCUGCAACAAGACCUACAAAAAAUCCUGCUUCUGCUUCAGUGAAGAAGCCAGCUGAAAUGGACUUGCUGGCUAAAGAAGAGGAAUACAAGAGACUUAAUGCAGAACUGGAGGCUAAAAGAGCCGAGCUGGUGAGGCAGGCAGAGGAAGUUAUGAAAGAACAGAACGAGGUGCUGUCGAAGCCCAUCUCAAACCACCUGAGCCUCAAUAUUGCAGACGACUCUGAGGAAUUUGGAGACAUGACCUCAGCACGACCAUCAACAGCAAAGGUCGUGACGGAGAAAAAGUCUAAAAAACCAUUAAAUCUGAACAGACCACCAUCAGCUCCCAGAAAGACAGCACAAAAAAAGAUCCCCUCGGUCGUGGAUGACGUCGCGGUGCCGGAGGAUUUUUCCGAUUUCUCAUUGGCUAAGACUAUAAGCAACCUGGAGAGCAAAGUAAACGAUGACGUCACAGACGAGCAACCGGAGGACGACAUCAUGCCGAGCGCCGGUGAUGAGAUGGGUGCAGAGGCUCAGAUUCGCUUCCUGAAGGCCAAACUCCGAGUGAUGGAGGAAGAGUUAAACAGACUCUCGCACGACUGCAACAAGAAGGACGAGGAGAAUGGAGUGUUGAGCAGUAAGCUGAAGGAGGUGGAGGAGGAUCGAGUCAGACUCCAGAGGACCACCAACAUGCAGCAGACGCAGUUAGAGAAGCACAGAGCGCUGAAUGACGACGUUAACAGGACAUGCGACGGCCUGCGCAAUCAAGUCACCGCGUUACAGAAGGAGUUGGAGGGAAUGAAAAGGGCUCAGAAGCAGGCGUCCAGCAGCAACAAUGCCACACAGGUGAGACUGAACCGAGCUCUGGAGGAGGCUGAGAGGAGCAAAGCUGAACUCAACAAGCUGAAACAGAGCAGCAGGGACUCGGCGAAUCAGGAGCAGCAGAAGAUCGAAGCUUUACAAGCCGAGAAUAAAAAGCUGGAGAAACAGAAAGCUGAACUCAUCACAGGCUUUAAGAAGCAGCUCAAGCUUAUCGAUAUUUUAAAAAGGCAAAAGAUGCACUACGAGGCAGCGAGGAUGAUGUCCUUUACCGAGGAGGAGUUUACGAGGGCUCUGGACUGGAGCAAAUCGUAACACACACACACACACCGUCGUGCAUUUCCUCAUCUGAGCUGUGAAAGACUCUGAGAGCUGAUGUACAAGACAAUACAGAUGAUGUGAUGCAGUAUAGACAGAAUGAGUAUUAAAUAUGAAUACAGAAUA